ACAGUCGGGCGGGGUUAAAAAGCCGACGUGCGGCGCAGAGCGGCAUUUGAUCCAGACCCAACGCUUCAUAGCAGACAUCCAACGGCCUCGAUUAGUUGCAACUGACCCGGCUCUUUGCUCAGCAACCACCGGCUUUUUUGGGGGUAGAUUUUCAAUUCUUUAUCGAGGUGCUUCCCACUUAUACUGUGCGGCUUUUCAGUCCUCAAGGAAUGCCCAGAGAGCUGACCCAGAACAGGAUCCAAAAGAUCUGGGUUCCUACCAAGGAUGACAAGCCGGCGCCCCGGAGAGGGGCUGGGGCUCCCCACUUUGCCAACCCCCCCACCGUCAUCGUGAUGGUCGGCCUGCCAGCUCGAGGCAAGACGUACAUGUCCAGGAAACUCACACGCUACCUCAACUGGAUCGGCAUGCCCACCAAAGUUUUCAACGUGGGGGAGUACCGCAGGGAGGCGGUCAAGAACUACAGCUCCUAUGAUUUCUUCAAGCCUGAAAAUGAAUGCGCUGUAAAGAUCAGGCAACAAUGUGCCCUAGCAGCCCUGAGGGACGUCAAGGCCUACUUGCAGGAUGAGGGAGGCCAAGUUGCGGUCUUUGAUGCAACAAACACAACGAGGGACAGGAGGGAGACGAUCCUCCAGUUUGGCCGUGAGAAUGGCUUUAAGAUCUUUUUCAUCGAGUCCGUCUGUGAUGAUCCUAACGUCAUUGCGUCCAAUAUAAUGGAAGUGAAGGUGUCCUGUCCAGAUUACAAAGACUGCAACAAGACUGAUGCAAUGUUGGACUUCCAAAGGAGAAUUGAAUGUUACAAAGCUAGCUACCAACCUCUAGACCCUGAUCAGCAUGACAGGGAUCUAUCCUUCAUCAAGGUGAUCGACGUGGGCCGCCGCUUCCUGGUCAACCGCAUCCAAGACCACAUCCAGAGCAAGAUCGUCUACUACCUGAUGAACAUCCACGUCCAGCCACGCACCAUCUACCUGUGUCGACACGGAGAGAGCACAGACAACCUGGAGGGACGUCUGGGGGGCGACGCCGGCCUCUCGCCAAGGGGCAGACAGUUUUCUGCAGCCUUGGCUGGGUUUGUGGAGGAGCAGCAGCUGAAGAAUCUUAAGAUCUGGACCAGUCAGUUGUGUCGCAGCAUCCAGACCGCCGAGCACCUGGGGGUCCCGUACGAGCAGUGGAAGGCCCUCAAUGAAAUAGACGCAGGAGUGUGUGAGGAGAUGACGUACGAUGAGGUUAAAGAGAAAUUCCCUGAGGAGUUCACCCUGAGGGAUGAGGAUAAAUACUACUACCGCUACCCUGCUGGAGAGUCCUACCAGGACCUGGUCCAGAGGGUGGAGCCGGUCAUCAUGGAGCUGGAGCGUCAGGAGAACGUUCUGGUCAUCUCCCACCAAGCUGUCAUGCGCUGCCUCCUUGCCUACUUCCUGGAUAAAAGUGCAGAUGAAAUGCCCUACCUGAAGUGUCCCCUGCAUACAGUGCUGAAGCUCACCCCAGUGGCCUAUGGGUGCAAAGUGGAAUCCAUCUCUCUGAAUGUGGAGGCGGUGAACACUCACAGAGAGAGACCAGAGGAGGUGAAGAGGGGUCCCGGCACUUUGAUCAGGAGGAACAGUGUGACUCCCCUGACAAGCCCCGAGUCAAACAUUAAGAAACCUCGCAUAGACGACCUGGAUGAAGCUCCCAUCCAGGAGCUCCCUCACUCGGUGGCGUCAUUGGCCCUUUGCAGCCCGACACACCUCCCUCUAUCACUUGCCGGCCAGCACUGGCUGGGUAAAGUUUGCCUGACCUGAGGAGACACUCGUGUGGCCGCCAUGACGUCCCGCAGCCCUGCCAAUGAAAUCGCUCGGCUCCGGAGUCCCGAAAGUGUAACACUCACUCACCAAUGUCACUCCAAACAAUGACGAGACAUAGUGAAAGCUUGAACAACUUUCACUAAAAAAAAGCCUUUCAAAUCAAAAGGAUCCUAUUUUUCACAUUAUUGUAUGUUCAAUCUUUUUUUAAAAAACAAAAGAAAAGAAAAUAACAGGGGUUCUUUUCAUGGUCUUGUCAGAUAUGGUCUGAUCUAUCCAAAGAUGUCAUUUCAACGCAAAAAUCAUCACUUCCAUGCCUUCAAGAUAUUUUUACUGAUCAAUUUGUAAGCAAACUGUGAUUCAUUUAAUUAUCUAUUCAUCCUUGCUAGUCUAUUACUGUGUUGUCAUUGGAUUGUAUUUGUUACACUUUUGUUAUUGUGUGUCAAGGCAGAGCCAAAUUGUUGAAUUGACAUGCCACUAAAUGAUUUUGCACAUUCGGAAUACAUUUUGAGUUUUUAUGCGUCACAGUGUCUUUAAUGUGCUUCGUCGCAAGCUCAUUUUUGCCGUAGAGUGCCUGUAGUGCUUGUUUUGCAAGCCUAUUGCUUUCUCUGAUUAUUAUUUUACCACCUAAUAACCUCACAUAUCAUUCAAAUAGCUAAGACUGAACUUGAUUGCUACUAAACAUGCUGAAUUGAACAGGGUUCCUCCGUCACUGUUAUUUUUUUUUAAUUCUUUGCUGUCGUUGUCCGCUACGCACAAAUGUAAGAACCUCUAUUUUUCUCACAGUGAAGCGUGCUGGUAAUAAUAUGUCUGUAAAUAUGAGUGUACGUACAAUGAAAGUGGAGAUGGAUGCAAGCUGACUUUCCUGGGAGUCUUGUAUGAAAAUGUGUGUGUACGUUGCUGUUUUUGUACCGAUGUGUUGGGACGGAAAAGCAGAAAGCUUUCCACUUCUUUUGUUGGCAUAUUAGUCUGACAUACUUGAAAAGUGUUUCUUUUUGUAAACUGAUUUAUUGCUUUAUUUAUUUUUGUGUAGUAUUUGAGAGUGGGAGGUGACUAUUUGAACCUGACUGCUAUGCAGGAAAGGACAGUCUGUUGUGUUGAUUUUGCAUCUGCUGGACCAAUAAACAGACUAUGGAAAA